GGAAAAAAAGGAAGUUCUAAUGUCCCGAUUGUCUUGUCUUGUGUGUGAGUGUGUGUUGGUUGAAGCGGCAGGGUCGGUGUGUUUUGAAGGCAACAGUACAAACUUAGUCUACCCUGGGAAGCUGGUCGAUUCUCCCCGGUGAAAAGUGUACGGCCCUUCUCCUUUUCCUUUCUUUAAAUCCCCUCUUGUCUGGGUGGAAGUAAACAGACCGUCCGCAUGUUCAUUUCCUAAGCGAGUCUAAAGCAACAGCAGCGGCAGCAAGCGGGAGAGAGAAAAGCAGCAACUUUGACUUUACUGGGCUGGGGUGAUUUGAUUCUUGGUCGAGGACAGGGCAAGAAGCGUGUGUGUGUGUGUGUGUGUGCAAAUGGAAAAGCGCAGAUUUUGGAAAAUCUCAUGGAGUAAGUGAAAAGAGUUUUUACUGCAACAUGUAAAAUAAACUAUUUAAGGGGGAGGGGGGGAAGAGCAGCUCUUCAGUCCAUACCCAAUUGGCUUUUUGAAACUGCAGAUCCUUUGAGACAGACAGUGAGAGAGAGAGAGAGAGAGAGAGAGAGAGAGAGAGAGACAGAGAGAGGCAAAAAAAAAAAAAAAAAAACCCUGAAUUUGUAACGAAAACACAUUGCAUCCAGGGAAGGUUGACAGAAUAAACCUCUUGUGGAGCUGAGCUGCCCUGAAAUAUACAAGCAAAAAUACCCAGCAGCACUCCUGUUUGCCUAAACGUAAUUGCUAAGUGAAAAUAUUUCCAACUUUUUUUAAAAAAAAUGUGACUUUCUGAUUUGUUUGCUUGCUUAAAAAAAGCUUUUUUUUUCAACCCCCCCCCCCAACCUAAAAGAUAAAAUUACUAGAUCUAAAAAUAAAGCAGUGGUUAACAGCUCCCCCCACCCACUUCUCUCUCUCUUGCUGUGUGUUUGCCUUUGACAAAGAAAUUAUUUGAACUUCCCUCUGCCUCAUAAAAAGGAAGCAGAAUAGCAGUUUUGACAUAUGGAUGUGAUUUUUCUGCUCUGAGACAGAUGCACACACAAAACAAACAGCACCAGGAACUGCUGCUCUGACUGAACUGGGUGUUGGUGCUCCCUUCACAUGGACUUUUUCCCUACAUUUCUGAAACUGCAGAGAUUUCCAGCCAUGAGAAAGCGAAGCAAAGGACUGGGGUUUCUUGUCAUGUGCCUCUCUGGCUAAAACUGUGGAAACAAACAAGCAAAUAAAAAAAAACAAACUGGGAAGUCAAGAAAAAGAAAAGAAAAAAAAUCAUCUACGACUGGAUCACUGGAAGAUCCUUCGUCCUUCUACUUCCCUUAGAGAUCGUGGAUGCUGCAAUAAGUCUCUUGGAUAUGGGAUCAUAUUUGGUUUAUCACAGCCUGGGUUUGAUCCUCUGCUGCUCGGUGUUGAGUUCUGUCUAUGCUCUGGUGGAUGCUGACGAUGUCAUCACCAAAGAGGAGCAGAUCUUCCUGCUGGUAAAAGCCAAGUCCAAGUGCGAGCGCCACCUGAAAGUCAAGGUGCACGAUGGUUUCUGUCUGCCCGAGUGGGACGGCAUUGGCUGCUGGCCCGAAGGCGUGCCGGGCAAAGUGGUGGCCAUGCCAUGUCCUGAGUACAUCUAUGACUUCAAUCACAAAGGCCACGCCUAUCGGCGGUGUGACGUGAAUGGGAGCUGGGAGCUGGUGCCAGGCAACAACCGCACCUGGGCGAAUUACAGUGAAUGCGCCAAGUUCCUCACCAAUGAAACCAGGGAGACGGAAGUCUUUUAUCGCCUCUAUUUGAUUUAUACUGUUGGAUACUCCAUCUCUCUGGGAUCCCUGACAGUUGCUGUCCUUAUCCUGGGAUACUUCAGGCGUUUACACUGCACAAGGAACUACAUCCACAUGCACCUGUUUGUCUCCUUCAUGCUGAGAGCAGUCAGCAUCUUUGUGAAGGACGCGGUCCUGUACUCCGGGUCAGCUCUGGAGGAGAUGGAGCAUCUGUCUGAAGAAGAUCUCAUGUCCAUCACCGAGGCCCCCCCAGCGGAUAAGUCGCAGUUUAUGGGCUGUAAGGUAGUCGUCACCUUCUUCCUCUACUUCCUGGCGACCAAUUACUACUGGAUCCUGGUGGAAGGGCUCUAUCUCCACAGCCUCAUCUUCAUGGCCUUUUUCUCUGAGAAGAAGUAUCUUUGGGGCUUCACGCUGUUUGGCUGGGGACUCCCUGCUGUAAUUGUCACAGUGUGGGCCAGUGUGAGGGCCAAUCUAGCGGACACAGAGUGUUGGGACUUGAGUGCCAGCAAUUUACAAUGGAUUUUUCAGGUGCCCCUCCUGGUAGCUAUUGUGGUAAAUUUUAUUCUUUUUAUCAAUAUUAUCCGAGUCCUAGCAACCAAGCUACGGGAGACAAACGCAGGGAGGUGUGAUACGAGACAACAGUACAGGAAGCUGCUGAAAUCUACCCUUGUCCUUAUGCCUCUGUUUGGAGUUCACUAUACAGUUUUCAUGGCUUUGCCAUAUACAGAGGUGUCGGGGAUUCUUUGGCAAGUUCAAAUGCACUAUGAGAUGCUGUUCAACUCUUUCCAGGGAUUCUUGGUUGCCAUCAUAUACUGUUUUUGCAAUGGAGAGGUUCAAGCUGAAAUAAAGAAGUCAUGGAGCAGGUGGACUUUAGCCCUUGACUUUAAAAGGAAAGCACGAAGUGGGAGCACGACAUACAGUUAUGGACCCAUGGUCUCCCAUACCAGCAUAACUAAUGUAACCACCAGAGGGGCACUUGCCCUACAUCUCAAUACGAGACUUGUUCCGGGUGCCCUCAACGGACACCGAAAUUUGCCAGGCUAUGUCAAAAAUGGCUCAAUUUCCGAAAACUCCAUGCCUUCUUCUGGGCCAGAGCAGUACAACAAAGAAGAGGAGUACCUGAAUGGCUCUGGACUUUAUGAUGGAGACAGACCCACGGUAGUUGUUGAAGAAGAAAGAGAGACAGUGAUGUAAAGAAAGAAGAAGAAGAAGAAGAAGAAGACAUCUCCCAGAGAGCAUUUAGAGGGCAAAAGAAUGCCAGGCCACAAAUCAGAUGCCAAGGGUUUUCAUACAGUUUCUCUGUUCUGUGGAACAAGAGGUCAAGUUAUAUGGGAAAAGUGGACCACAGAUGUGGCCAGCUGUUGAUCACACACAUUUACGUAGUGGUCUAGUCUCCAAGGUGUGAAUGAAGGCAGUCUUCUCCAGACCCGCGGUCCUUGUGACCUGUUGAACAACGGGGAUAUUCAGAGUUUACAAGGGGAUGUACAAAUGGUACUCUGUAGUUUCGCCUCUCGGAGAGUGUCCACAGCACAAAGAUCCAGGGAAUUCAACCAAGUGAAAUGAGACGGUCUGGUGAGGAAUGUGACAUGCCAUUUUCUUUCAGUGGUUCAAGCUGCCCCGGGGUGUUGCCAUCACUGCUUGGUUGGGUUUGGUUUUCUCAUUCAUUUUAAAGAAAUCUAGCCACCCUCCAAUCACCCACACCAGACUGGCCGUGUCCCACUGGCCAUGUCUGACAGUUCAAGAACACAGCAUGGACAGCUCUGGUGUUUGAUGGUUUUGCCCCUUCGUUAUAAAACCCAACCCCCUUGGGGUCAUUGUAUGCAAGUUCCCUCCCGGAGCGGUCUUAUUUCUGAUUCCUUGAUGAUGCAGCAUGCUUUUGUGGUAAAUGACUCACAGCUACUGGAUGCGAGUGCAUAACGGGCUUCCCGUUCUCCUACCCAGAGCCCAAGUAACAAGAGAGAAGCCAGUACAAUCCUAGGAUUAAAAUGCAAGUAUCAGAAUGUAAUGUAUUAGCUUGUCCAAUCUUAGAAAAAAGCCCAUUCUGUUGGCUUCUAAGUGGGUAGAGAUGGAAAGGAAAGUUUGUGGCUGCCUUGGUGUGUGUGCGUACAUGCGUAAAGCCAACUCAAACCUUUUCUUUCUUUCUUUUCUUUUUGGAAUUUCAGGAAAAUUGACUUUUUUAAAAAAAUCUUUAAAUUAUUUUUUGUUCUCACCUCUGCAUUUCCUACUUCCUGUUGGGUCUGGACAGGCCAACCUAUCCUGAGAGGGACUGUUGUAGCAGUAUUCCCAUCUCAGCCAGGAGCAGGAAGGAGCUGGAGUUGGACAAGACCGCCUGUUCUCAUGAGAUGCGCAGGCCAGUUUUGCAGAGCUAAGGCAUUUGGAUACUUUGGAAUUCCAGACUUCUGGAUGCAUUGCCGAACUUGCCAGAGUUUUUGUGGUUUGACCAUCUAGAACACACACACAUACGGUGGGCCAGAUCCUCAGCUGGUGGAAAUGGUUGUACAGUUGUAGCUCCACUGAGGUCAUUGAAACUACCUAUUGAGACCGAGAGUCCGGACAUCACAGUGAUUGGCCAAAAAGGGAAAACUGUAAAAUAGAGUCUGCAUGAAUGGCAGAAAAAGGGAUCAGGGAAAUAUUUUCACAAUCUACCGUUUCCCUUGCUGGUGGAUUCUGUUGAUGUCCUGCUGUCACCAUGGAAGUAGGUGGUGGUCAUGUUCCACCACACAUGGUACUUUUAUCUGACUUGCCUGCCAAGCAGAAGUCAAGUGGUAAAAUCCAGGGGCUAGACCUUUGGCUGCUGAAAAUUGGCAUAGCUUCCUUCAAGCCAUUUCACACCAGCUGAGCUUAUUGCCUUGUGUCUCUGUAGAUGCCAUGAUUUAGAGCCAUGAGGUGAUAAUGACAGCUGCCAUUCCAGUGUGUGCAUCCUCAGAGUCUCUCAGGGGGAAAUAUGUCUGAGGCAGGCUAAAUUCCUUCUUGGGCUCCCAGUGCCCCCAGGUGAGCUGUGGUUUCUCAAGCCUUGAUCCAGCCCAUAAUAGUACAUUUUGGAAGUGCUUCCAGUACGUGAAUCCUGUUGGCCCCAUAUAGGAAUCAUCUGGCUGCAGUCUAAACACAGUCAGAAAGAGGUGUCAUGGCUGGGUGCAAUGAUCCUGUGGGGACCCAAGGGUGCACCUAUCAGAUAAUCAACUCUCUGUCCCUAUCUUUCAGAGCUGAGCUGGUGAAGCCCGCUGACUGGUGGCUCAGAGACGUAUCCAUGCCACCGGAGGUGGACUAAUGAAUCCGCUGCUCCUCUCAGGGCUUAAGACCUUCAUUCCCAAAGCUCCUGUCUUGAUGGAGUCUGUUGGGGGCCCUGAGAAGAGCAGCUGGUACCUUGACUCGACCUCAAGUGUCCUGCACCUGCCUUUGUACCACCUCUCAGGUUAAGACAUGAUCCAAAGCCCAACCAAGCCCAUGGAAAGACUCCCAUUGCCUUUGCUGGGCUUCAGAUCGGAACCUGGGAUGUGGACUGUGGUGAUUAAGAGGGCGCCCCCCGUAGGGCUCUGAAGGAACUGUACUCCCCAUUUCAGGUAUAAAUGUUGGAAGGUGACAAUAUUUAUUUUUGAUGUUUGUUUUUGUUUUGUGUGGUUAGAAUAAGUCCAAAUAUUCUUAGCAAUUUACCACCAAAUGGCAGCUAUUGAAAUGUCAGGUCUCCAAAGGGUGAAUCGGUUUGGUUGUGGGGUUUGUUUUUUUUAUAAUACUAUGCAGAAAUUAAGUAAUCUUGCGAGGAAAAACGGAUGGACUGAGUGAAAGUCUGGCACUGAGAGCAAGCCAGCAUUGCAUAAAUCUGGGUCAGUCUGAAGCGCUCACUGCUUGCAUCUUAGCCAUAUAUGCUGGCAUAUCUUCUGGAGGAAGCGGAAGUUAUUGCCAGUCAGCUGUCAACAUGUGUACACUUGAGUUAUUUAGCAUCCCAUUGAGUCGAGCUGCCAACGUGUAAUCCCAAUUCAAGAGAGAGAUGCAUUAAGUAUGCUGGCUCUGGCUUGCCAACCCUUGCAUGGACCCUUUCAAUCUGCCCCCCUCCAAUCCCCAAUGGACAUGUGUUGUGCUUAAAACCUACCAAGUGGAAGGUUGACCCUUGUGACUGUAUCACUCAAAGAAAGAAAUUACUUAGCAACGUUUCCUUACUGGUGAUUCAUGAUUUACUCGUGUUUGCUGAAGAUAGCUCGAGAUUAAUAACGUGAUUGGAAAUCAUUUCGCAAAGUUCAAGUAAUUAACGAGAGCUAUGAAAUUAAUUUAUUUGUAAAGACAACGUGUAUAAUAAAUAAACGUAAAAUUGUCACUGGAUUUAAUGACCAGAACCUGCUGUCAGUUGCUAAACAUGACCAAAAAUUACAUGGAGAUGGGGAGGGAAAUCUAUUCUUAAUCAUUUCCAACACAAAUUGUAUGUAAUGAUAGGUAAUUUUUUUCCUUUGAGUGUUCAUAUGCAUGAACAGAAUUGCAUGUAAGAAUUAAGAACAUAAAAAAUGGAAUUUCUCUGGUUUUAAAGCAAAUCAUACUGUAUUGUUGUUGAAUCCUAUUCAAAUCCUACCUGUGCUGAAAGCAAGAGUUGCAGAGAACUGAGGGUGGAGUCUUUAGGGCCUGAUACAAUGAUGAAUGAAGUCAGUGGGAGGUGUGCUUUGGAUGGAGCCUAUAGCAUCUUGCAAAGGGGAAGAGGGGAGGGAGCCUCCAAAAUUAAGCAUUGUGAUCCACUUUGGAGAUAUCGUGGUUGGAUUAUUGGCCAGAUUAAUCUGCAGUGAGGGUCUGAAUUUGAGUCCAUACAAACUGGGUUGAUAAUCUGGUGAAAAGGCUCUGCAACAAUAUUCUUCCUUGUGCCGUCACCAUCUCUAGCUCGGGUCAAAUAGUGGAUGCAAGGGGGGAAAUACCUAAGGGCUUCAGAACCACGAAAAGAAAAAUAAGCUUUUUCUAGAGUUCAAUUCUAGGACGGUUCCAAGGGGGGGACAGUUGUCCUCCUUUUUAUCUGAGCCAGCUUGCACUCCUCCCUGAUGUCUGUUCUGUGAUGUCUUAUUUGUCGGCUUAACCGUGUUGAAAAAUGAUCUGCAGCAUUGAGCCCCUUCAGGGUUCUCUUCAAAGCUUUGCUCUUGUUUCCACUUGGCUCCCUACUCCCUUCCCUCCCAUCAACAGCCAUGCAAUCUGAGCUCUUCACGGUUUAAUCUACCUCCUCUCUGAAAUACACAGAGAUGUUGCUCUUCCCCUUCCUUGUGAUUCUUGAAAGGCAGAAGGUGUGUUCUAUGUGGGUAGUCUCCUAUCAUCUCUGCUCUGCAUGCGUGUUUGUAGACCCCCUAUAAGCUUGUUUCAUCUUUGUUCCUGAGAGAUGGUGUCUUUUUUCCCUAUUCCUCCACUUUGUCUCAUCUCAUCUUCCUGGAGUUCUUACUCUUUUAGAGCCAGAUCUUGUAGUCCUUACACAGUCCAUUCUUGGGGCAGGUUUUGAUAGCGUUGAUGGAAAUCAGAAUUUCAAAAUUUUUGGCAACAGUUUUCGAUUUAAAAAAGUAUCGGGGGAAAAAAAGUGAUGAAAUGUUUGUAAAAAUGCAUUCUCUUGUUUUUUUGCCGAGAGAUGACGGAAAUAAUUUAAAAUGCGGAAAUUUCAAAAAUUAAGGGGAAAAAAUGUCUUUGUGGGUUCUUUUAACCAGCUGUAACUUCUGAUACCUUUACUCAGUGACACCAAGAAUGAGUCCGUGGCUUCAACCAGUGCUACUCAACGAGAGUAAAUGGGUCGUUCUGGCCCUUCCUCAGCCAAAACUCCUGUUCCGAACAAUGGAAGUUUCUCCUGAGAAAGCAAUGUGUGAAAAAAGAAGAAGCCCUGUAUGAGUCAGCCCCUAGAGGGUAUGUUGGAGUAAUACGUGAAGCUGCCCUGUGCCCAGCUCUGCCCUCUACUGGCUGGAGUGUUCAUGAGUUUCACAUCUGAUUGUGCCUGUAGCUCGUUGAGCAGAAGCCCAUGCUUUGGAACGAAAGCGUGUGAGGUGAAUGCCCAGUGCUACAGUUUAGCUCAUGGCCUAGGUGUUUCAUGUGUGUUGCAGUCAUGGAGUCUGGAGGUUCUUGCACAGUUCAGUGCACUUAGCUCUGGGCUGCCUCUUUUUGUCCAUCUGGAUAAAUCAAGGUUUCUCCCUCCAUCAAGUUGCUGUGUCUAGUGCAUUAUGUGAAGACCAUGUUUCCAUUCACCUGGCAUCUCUUUCAGGGUGGGCUGAUGGUGCCCGAUGAACUGAAAGUAGAUGCCAGGAAGCAUUAGGAAGGAGAGGAUAUAAAUUAUUUGGAGCCUGAUUCUCCAUUGUCCUGUACUUUGUGUCGUCUUUGAUGGCAGUGCUCAGUUAGGGUAAACGAGAAUAAGGCGUCAGAAGUACAUAACUCUGACAACUGAGGGGGAUGUCCUCCUCAGGCAAGGGAAUAAAGCCAAAAGGGGUUAAGCAAAAUUAAAAUUAUUAAUUAUAAUCUUCACUGAACUGCCGAUUCUCUAAGCAAACACAGAGCCAAAUCCAUCUCUUCCCCAUCUCCUCUUCUGAGUCUUGGCCUAUCUGAGCUCUGAUGGAAGCAAAUGACAAUCGGAGCAGUCUCUUCCAAUUUAAACCACUCUGCGGGGAGCCAGAAAGCUUCAGUGUCCAUCUCUUGGAUUUCUAAUCCUCUGUAAGUGGGGGUAACAUGCUGCCAUCUGCAACUUGUAAUUGCCUGGCAGGUGGGUAAAACAUUUCGUAGGAUGUUGGCUUAGGUCUUCACCAUGCCAGCUCUAUCUAACUACACCCUCUGGGUGAGAGAUUGUAUUGCGCCCAGUGGUGUGUCUUGGAGACUAGAUAUUCCUAGAUGAGACCUGUGCUGGAACCGUAUUGCCAUUUGACUUUUUAAUUUUGCUGUUAUUUCUGAGGGGUUGCCAUGUUGUAGCGAGUGAGUGAAGGACCCACACAAAAUCCGCAUCAAGCUACUGAGCUUGUAAAGCUUUUACUACAUCUCUCCACACCAAGUGCGGUUUGUAGCCUAUUCUUCUAGGGUGUCUUGAAAUGAGAAAUGUAGCAAAUUGCCAAGGAGCUGAGUCUGCAAAAGACCCUCUAAAUAAUGUCCUGUAGGAAUGGCCAUGGCCUUUUGGUUUGCCUGGAAAACAUGACGAUUCGUAAACUGCAUGAAUAAAAGGAAAGAACACGUCUAUCCCUAUUCAGUGAUCUGGAUUGUGUGGCAGCUUUUAUACUGUUGUGAAAUUAAAAGGUUGGCCCUAUUGGACAGCAAAUAUGGUUGGCCUGAAAGACCACCCUGUUUCCAAAACAGCAAAUCCUGCCAUCUUUAUAAAAGUUCACUGGCCUAUCACCAUGCCGUGAAACCCAUUUUCUGACCUCCCUCAACAUCAAAACUAGAGCUUUGGCUAGUGGGCGGAGCUGUUAGUUAAGGCUGCAGCAGAAAAGGAAAUCAUGGCUGAGUUGCUAUAAACCCAUGUGACAGAACAAGAGAGACUAAAACGUAGCUCAUCUGCACCAAUUCAUAAAAUCCUGGUGAAAGACACACAAGCCUGGCUUUGACGUGGGCUUCUUUGACAAGAGAGAAGUAGCUUAGGGUUGCCUUCUUAUCUUUUCCCUUAAUGGACGUUUGCCUAAAAGUUCUGAGAGGCAAGUCUGGUCUUUAUGGCCCAUUUGAUCCUUGGUGUCUCCAUUGGAAAUGCCAAAAAGGCCAGUUUGGAUGGAGACACCUGUCCAUUAAAAUUUGACUAAGAUCCACCCAACUCCAUUUCACAGGAACAGCUUCUGGGCUCAAAGCAACUCAUAAGAAUUUCUGUCUCAAUUUGAUUAGAAACAACAACCUCGAGACAAAAGUCUGAGUCACAGACAUUGGUAAUGGGUUGCAAUUGAACCCUCACCCCCAAAUGAAUUAUCUUUACAACUAUCUAUUAAAAGCCAAUGAUAUCAAAGGGGUGUCCCGACCAGGUGGCCUUGUUUAGAAAAUACUGCUAAAUACCUUCACUAACUAACUAAAUCCCUUCUCUGGAUGGAUGGAUGGAUGGAUGGAUGGAUGGAUGGAUGGAUGGAUGGAUGGAUGAAGGUUCAUCUGGCUGAGAGUUUUAGAGGUUAGUUUUUCAUGCAAUAAUAUUUUUUAGCUGGACUCAGAUUCAUGCUUUGGCUAGAAGCCCAUUCUACAGCUUUAAUACAAAGCCAAUUCAGAGUAUCUGAAAGGAGCCAUAAUGGGCUUAAUUCAGCAUGGCAGUAUUCCAGUUUCCCAAUGAUUUCUGUGGCAUUACAUCAGUGAAAAACUGAAGUACCGCAGUGCCAAAUUGGUCUUUUGCUUUUGGAAGGGUGGAUUUAUUAGACAAAUACUGUUCUCAGGAACAGAUAGUAAUUAAACAUUUAUUUUCACUGAGCCAGGCUGAUAAGUAAUUAUGUAUUUAUUUCACCGGGUUACUUUCAGUGUCAUUAUUAUACUAAUUUCUGCAUGAUGCCUGGCUGUCCGAUCUUUCUUGAGCAGAAGGGAGUUCUCAACAGUGGAUGGCAUAGAAGUAAUACAUUGAGACAACUGGCCAUUCAUAAUUGGUCGCCAGGGCCAGUUAGAAAAAGGGCGUCUCUGAUCUUUCAGCCACUGCUGUACGCCAGGAGUAACUCCACUGAAGUCAUUGAAUUACACCAUGUAAAAGAGAUCAGAGUCAAGCCUUCUGUUGGAGGCUCAUAGAGAAUUCUGUUUCAUGCUGCUAAUCCAAUGCCUUUAUUCCUACCUAUGAACAUUCUCUGCAAAUAAUUAGGGAUUGGCCUAGCCACUUUAAGAUUUCUACUUACUACAGCUACAGGUGGGACCCCUUGCUCUGUGAUAAGUGGAUCAGCUGAUGUUGGUUUUUUUUUAAGAAGAAGAAACAGUGCUAGCCUCUGGAGGUUAAGCUCUUGCAUUUGUAUUGGAGCCAAAGCCUGUGCUCCUAAGAACAUAGCGGAACAAAUUUAGCCCCGAUUAACCAUGCAAUCCCAUUUAAUGCGGUCGCAUGAGGUUAGACAUCAGCUCCGAAUCUGGCUCUAGCUUGAGGAAACAUGAGCAAGUGAAAAUGCUGCAGUGAAUAAAGUUUAAACAAGAGUCCACUUCAAUGAAUAGCAUCAGGGACCAGAGAGGAAUAUAAUUCUGGCACCAGUUCUGGAGAACAUACCUACACGACACUUCUGCAAGUGCCUAACUCUACGCACAUGUUUAAAUGCUGUUCUGAAUAGAGAUGGACGUGAGCACAUGAGUGACUUCUGUUCUGAGCAGAGGCCUCACUCCGAGAUCAAAUGGCUUCUUUGGCAAUAUCUGUUCUUCUUUCUCUCUCCCUUCCCCCGCAAAGGCAAAGAUCACUUUUUUCAACCUUCCUUUCUGUCCUCCAGCACAGAUAAGAAAGAUGUCCCCUGCAGCGGUCUGAGCACAAAGAGAGAAAUCCAGGAAUUAGGAGUUCUUGUUCUCCUAUUUAACCCCCCUCUGAUCUCUGGUGACUGCUUACCCCUCCACCUCUCUGGGACUGCGUGACGGUCAAUAAGGCCAGAUUCUCAACUGGUAGCUCUCAGCACAGAUCCAUUGAAGUCCAUUUCAAAUGAACUCCUGGCCCCACUGAAUUCAAUGGCGAGGCUCCCAUUGACUUCAGUGAGGCGGGAUGUCACGCUUUUGUUUUUGAAGAGGUAAAAGGCUCAGUAUCAUUAUUCCAAUGAACAAUCUCCCCUAACCUCCCCUGCUUUGGAAAAAUAAUUAACACAAGCUUUGAAGUAGCCCAGAAAGCAGAGCGGGAGGGAAAGUGUUAACUAUAGUACAGCCUCGUUUGUCUGAAAUGGGGUUUCAGAGACAGAACUUCGGAGAGGUCGGAUCUCUAGUUGCGGCAAUCAGGGGCAAUUAGUAGACAGGUGAUUCUGGAUAAGGGGGGCCAUCCGGAUGGGAGAGUGUUUGGGAAGAAAGUGGGUUGAAUACAUGGUUUUGUUCCUGUCCAUUGGUUUCCUGUAGAAGUGGACCCAGCUCCGCUGAAAUGAAGACAGUGACCAUCCAUACCAAACGAGCAAUGUUUCAGGUCACGGGGCGUGUGGAAUGGGGAGCUAGGGGUGUGUGGUAAGAUACAAGUCAUUCGGUGGCUUAGUUCCCCCAGUGAGGGUCCUAAUAAAGGGAAAGAAUAGCACCAUAGGCCAAAUCUGCAACUGAGAUAAAUCAGCCUGGCCCCACUGACUUGGGGCUUGCCGGUUUAUGCCAGUUGAGGAUUUGGGUCCAUAUACAUGUGCACACACAAGAAGCUACAGCAGGAAUGCAGAUGCCAGGGCAGAUUGCCCUGGCCCCAGUCUACAGAAGCACCAGGCUAUUUGCUUGUCUUUCUGGUGAGCUAAGCGAAACGGACAGGAGGUUAUUUACCUGCUGCUAAAACCCAUUGCUACUUCUCAGCAACUCCAUGCUAAGCCAACAGUGGAGGGUGGCCAUCGGCGACCUGAUAUGGGCACUAGAGAGGAUCCUGACUCCCACAAGCCUGCAAUGUCCUCCUCUCCAAACACUGGCUCCUUUUUCUGAUUGGAGCAGGAGGGAAAGGGGCGGACGUUGACCAAGGAGCUCUUGCAUUGUGUGUUGUUUUUUAGAUCACAUUUCACAUAAAAGGGGCAGGGGAAAUAUAAAGGACAAAACUGUGAUUUAUUUCUAUGUACUAUUGAGACACUGCAUUGUGAUGUCUUCAAUAAUGCAUAUGGUUUACAUUCCUCCACCUUUACUUUUCUGUAUGGACCAAAAUAAUGACAGGAAAAUGAAAAAAACCACAGGUGUAUGUAAAAAAAAAGGGAAUUAAAAUAAAAAGAAAUCUUUAUUGAUUUUGUGAACAUUUAA